CUUUCGGUGCUGGGAUAUGGAUGCCAAGUUGGCUUACGUCAAAAAACCAAAAUUUGAGACCCAUUUUUUCAAAAGUGGGGCUGUGCAAAUGCUCUUUUCAGUGGUGGGUGGAACCCUUCUGCUUACCCUUGUAGCCUCCAGUGGUCUGGCCCAGUACUCCCGCAUUUUGGGAUGCUUCGAUCUGGCUAGCAACUGGGAGCUGGCAUGGAAGCCAGUAAAUCCCUGCCAGGAGAACAAAGCCAUCAACGGCCUGAGGGUAUUCACCGCAUUCUCAUUAAUUGGCGUGCAUGUGGUCUGGUACAAGUACUUCACCGUGGACUCCUCGGUCGAGAUGCUCGACAAGAUCGUGUCGAUGACUAUGCGGCACACUUAUUGGCCCAGCAUGGUGGAGAUCUUUUUUGUGGUCAGUGGCUACUUGACAGUCUUGAAUUUCCUGAAGGACGAGCAGCUGCAGCAGGAAAUCGCCGCCGAUGGAUUCUGCGGUAAUGGGCGUCGCUACCUGGGACAGUUUAUACACCGCUACUGCCGACUAGCUCCCCUGCAAUUUGUGGUUAUACUGGCGGGUGUGGUCAUGAUGGAAUACCAGCGCCAGGUGUCCGUGCUGCACAUAAGCGAUCCGCAGGACGAACUCUGUCGGCGAAACUCGAUGCGCAACUUUUUAUUCAUCCAGAAUCUGUAUCCGAUUAAGGACAUGUGCGGAUCGUGGACCUGGUCACUGGGCUGCGACAUGCAGCUCCACAUGCUGGCCAUGCUGCUGCUCUUUGGCCACACCAAGCACCCAAAGGCGGUCAGAUGGAUCACACAGACGCUGAUGAUUGUCAGCGCCGUGGAGUCGAUUGUGAAAAUGGAGGUCAGAGAAGUGGGCGCCAAUUUCGAGGAGCUGUACCACACCAACGAGUGGUCCUACAUGAGUCCCCUCAUCCGCAUGCUGGCCUAUAUAGUGGGUGGUUGGUAUGCCUACACCCAUGUCAAGGGUGUGGCCACACCCUUCGACUUGCUAAUGCCCAAUCUCUGGGUCAGGAUGGUAGCCGUUGGGGCGAUUGGCUGGUUGGCGAAACAGGUGACAAUGGAUCGGUUGCCGGCCACCAGUGUUAUCUACACCUUUAUGGUCGUCCUGCGGGUGCUAGUCACUACGCUGGCCGGUCAUCUCAUCCUCUGUGGCACCAAGUCGGACAGCAGCGAGUCCUAUGCUCCCACCCGCUGGCUCCUGGCGAUCCUGCAAUCGGAGCAAGUGCAGCGCAUCAGCCGGUUCACCUACGCCAUCUACCUGUUGAAUCCCAUUGUCAUCAUCUACUUUUACCACUCCUUCAGCAACGAAGUGAAACCGGACAACACCAUGAUAAUCCUAUUUACGAUAUCCUGUUCGGCGAUCUGUUACGCAAUGGCCAUUGUAGUAACACUGCUCUUCGAGAUCCCAUACAACCGGAUGACCCAUCUGCUGGCUAAUUUUAAAUCCUCCAAGAAUAGAAAUCUAUAAAUGCCACUGGCUAAAAUUUCUCAGAAGAUGUACCUCACUAAAAGGAAAUAUUCGCCUUAAUAUUCAAUAAACGUUUAAUUGGUAAAGUAUAGCAAGCUAAAUGCAAUGGAAAGCCCCCACAUCAAAUUGAUCUGACUGCGAAAAACGAGAGCGGUGGUAAUUAAGCAGUUCGUCAGCAAUUGGUGUACUUUAAAGGAAUAUUUCGUUUAUUUAUCGAAUACAUUGAAAUGCAUACACGAGUUGAUUUCCUCAAAUUUUUUGUUUGUUUUUUGUAUUUUUUUAUCUUUAUAUUACUUUGUAUUUGUUUAAAUAAAUAAGAUACAUACGUUUAA